AUGCAAAGUAAAUGUAAAAAUAAAAUAUACAGCUUAGCAAGAAAUGUGUAUAUAUUUUUUUAUGUAAUAAUCCACUUUAAUUCUCUUCUCCUCUUGGGUGUUUCGACAGUUAUUCACAAAAAAGAUGAAAACAGAAUAAACUUUCAAAAGUCUUUUUACGGUAUGAAAACAAAAGGGAAAAAGUGA